UUCAUUCCUUCUUUCUUUGUCUCUCCGGUUGUGUUUUUUCCCUCCAAUCUUUUGUCUUGCUGGUGUUGUUCAUCACAUUGUCAGAUUCUAUUUCUUCUAUUUGUUCUUACAGGUUGUGGUUGUUCACAAUUAUCAAAUCACAUUUCAGACUCUAUUUGCUCUCUGCUGCCUCCAGUCACUUCUCAGAUUACAAUCCUGAGAACUGCUACCAACAAACCUAUCUCCAUUUGCUGCCAAUCAAGAAUUUCUGAAUUUGUAGGACAUGGCCUGUCAAGUGAGAUGUAUGAUUCCGCAGCCAGGAUUAUCAACUUCAGAGAAUGAAUGCCCUGAUAAAUCCUGUAUAAGUGUUGCAACUUACAGAAUCCAAAGCUGGUGCAGUGAGCCAAGCUUUUCUGGACAAGCUCUAAAAGUCGGCACCACAUCAUUUGUGCAUGGCUGUUUCCUGGUAAGAAGGUUAGGAUGGAAAAUAGCCUUUGCCCUGAACACAGGUGGAGUGCCAGGUAAUGGCGAACAACAAAGCCUCAAUGAUGCUAGUUCCGGUUUUGGCAGCACACGAUUGGGUAGGAUUCUGACAGCAGGUGGCAGACAACUACUAGAAAAACUGAACUCAGCCAGAAAGAAUUUCCCUAUGAAGAUAUUCCUGCUUCUUCUAGGUUUCUACACAGCAAAUGCACUGGCUACAAUCCUUGGGCAGACCGGCGACUGGGAUGUUCUGGUUGCCGGUGUUGUGGUGGCUGCAAUUGAGGGGAUUGGCGUGCUCAUGUACAGAAAACCUUCUACCAUGAGGACUGGGAGGUUGCAAUCUUUUGUGACGAUGAUGAACUUCUGGAAAGCUGGAGUGUGCUUAGGUCUCUUUGUGGAUGCUUUCAAGUUAGGCAGCUAAAGAUUCCCAAAGUUUGUCUCUCGCCUUCUAAUUUACCGUUGCAUCAUAUAGGAGCCUAAUGCAGCAUCUUCAUUCAUGAAUCUAUGGUAAGCCUCAAGUUUGGCCCCAUUUCUCCUCUAUUUGCCUAGUUUUAUAUAUGGUCUACAUUUAUUGUAAUAUAUGAAUACAAAUUAUAAGAUGUUUGCUUAAUAAAUGUGAAGUACAUCAAACACGAAGGAUGAGUUAUUACUUUUUA